AUGUCUGGUAUCAACUCAGGCGAGCCUCUCGACGAGCCCUCAAGAAAUGCCGCACACACAUCUCUUGCAAAGAAUGAAACUGAGACUGAACAUGCGAUCUUACCGCCGAAUACCUCUUCACAUGCUCGUGAGGUCAAUAGUACGAGGUCGACAGUGCAACAGCCAUCUCCGUCUACUCAGGUUGAGACGCAGCUAUCACAACUGCCACCUACAACACCCAUGGUUUUUCCUGAUCUUGUUGACGAAAAGGAAGAAGAAAAUUGCUUUCACCAAGCUUAUGUUUCAAAAACGACAGAAGAAAUGAAGCUUCGCGAGAAUCUGUUUAAAACCCUGGGCGAAGCAUUUGAACAGGAUGUAAUAAUGGAUGAAAGCGUAAUAGAACUUCUCACGGAAAGAAUCCAAUCAUUAUGGGAACUUUCAUACAGCGAUUCCAUAUGUAAUUCCGAGAGAGGUCAUCAUUAUACCACCCUAAAAAAUUAUAUCAAAUAUGUGAUAGCACGGAUUCGAUACAGAUUAGAUGAGGACGAAGAGGAUAUGGAGGGCCGCGAGGAUAGUGGGAUGUCCGAAUGGGCGUGGACAAAUUGGUCAAGUUUAAAGUUAAUCCUCGCCAUGGUUUACAUCGAACGAUUAAGGAAGGCGAACCCAUACUUUCACGGAGAGCAGGGAUGUUCGCACCGCGUCUUUUUCAUCGCAUUCGUUAUCGCGUCCAAGUAUGUGGACGCAAGUUUCUCAAAGAGUUGUUCCGAAGGGUUGGAUGACUCAUCGGAAGAGUCGUAUCUAUAUUCAGAUGAGGAAUUUGAAGAUGAGUCGGUGGAAGAACAAUGGACGGAGCAAGUUUUUGAAAAUCCGGCAGAGGAUGAACAUAAUGGUGGGUGGCGCGCAGAAGGAAACGGAGGUUUAAUACUUGAAGAAUGGAUGGUGACAGAUGCACAACGAGUAUGGGACGAGCCAAUCCCCACGACGCCAAUAAAUCACACCUACCCCAGCAAUCUUCAAGGUAUUCCAUUGACAGACACAUCAUUAAUAGCGCAUACAUUAUUACUCAUUCCUCAUAACAAUUCUUAUUAUUGGUCAAAUAUUACGAAUCACGUGUUCUCCCCAAACGAAAUCACGCGUAUGGAAAUUGACUUCCUGUAUAUGCUAAGGUUUAAUCUUGUAGUCACAGAGGAUGACAUAAUAGAAUGUUGGAAGAGAUGUAUGGACAGUUGUCAGAUAGUACCGGGGGAUUUUAGUUUACGGGAUUGUAACAAGGUGGAUAUCACGACACUUGACUUUGAGCACCAUUUCGGUGGAUUUAUUAUCGGAGGGGAGUUGGGAAAUUAUGGUGACGGACUUGUGCCACAGCAAUAUUAG